AUGAAUUUAAAAGGAUUGUUUCAUGAAUUCAACCCAAGCAAAUUUCUGGUUUAUCUAUCGUGUUUGCUUUUUGUUAUUCUCCUGGGACUGAGGCUAGACAAUUUUUUGGUGUGGAGCUAUUUUAUCGUUUUUAUUCCAUUGUGGAUAUGGAAAGCAUUUGUGUUGAUUGGUGGAACGAUUGGAACUAUUAUAUGGGUGAAACAUCCUGAAUACAGACGUGAAAACAGUGUGGACUUGCAAGCGAUGUUUAUUUCAUCAGGCUUUCAUAUUCUGCUCCUCAUGUUUGAGUUAUUGUUGAGUAUCAACCUCCAGCUGAACGUAGUGUCUUACAGAGUGGUGUUCAUCCCGUUGUACUGCAUGUCUGUGUCAUCCUUCAUUGCUUGCGUGUGGGGUUAUAGACAUGAGAGACAGCUUGAGUUGGAAACGUUUUUCUCAGUUAACACGCUUCAAUUCAUUUGUAUCUCUUUGAAAUGGGAUCGUGUAAUCGAGUGGAGUUGGGUGGUUGUGUUUGUGCCAAUAUGGAUCAUCUUAACCUUGCUUUCAGUUUGUGUUCUGUAUUAUAUCAUUUGGGCGUUGUUAUUUAUGCGUUCUCCGGAAAUCACAACCCUGCAAAGAAAGGCGCAUAUCAUUAACGCCGUUAUGUCAUGUUUGAUUGUCAUUCCACUUCUCGCGUUCAUGGUAAUGUUUACGCGUAAGUUGGAUGGAUUUUCGAACGACUACUUUAGCACUGUGUUUAUUCCACUCGAAUUGUCGUUACUUAGUUUAGUGAUUACGUCAUUUUAUCAAAAGGGCGGCAACCAAUGGUGGUUUGGUAUGCGUAAAGACUUUUGUGAGUUUUUACUGGAAGCACUACCGUUGCUAAGAGAAUAUGGAAACACAUCCUAUAAGUUUGCCGAUACGAUUGUCUCCAAUGCAAACGGGGAAGAAGAUAGCAACUCGUCUUUAGAAAUGACGCCUGCGCGAAAUAAAAAAAGAAAAGAAACGCAAAAGUUAGUUGGUACUGUCCUUUUCAUUGACGCGCCAGAUUGAAUUUCUCUUUUUCUGAGUCGUCUGGAUAUCAUAGCAGCCGGUGCAACUGUAGAAGGUUUUACCAAACAAAUAUAAAGAUGAAAGAACAUCGCAUAAAACAAGCUCUCCCUGCUGUUGUAACGGUAUUGCGUAGAGAGAUGGAAAAAGUGUAUUCGAAACUCUCGAAAAUGUCAGGAAAUGUUAAUUUUCCAAAAUAUUGGCAAGGAUUAAAUUUUGGAACUUCCAAUAGUAUGAAAGUCCCGUCUAAAAUUCUUGGGAGUGUGAAAAAAAUUUCAAGAAUUUUAGUCCAAAAAUAAAAAUAAAGAGUCCAUUUUUGAGUGGACAAUUUCAGGUUUAAAUACUCAAUCGAGUAAUUUCUAUUUUUUAAAAUAUUGACAAGGAUUAAAUUUUACAUCUACUAUCAUGUGCGUUGACUGUUUCGACAAAUUCGAUCAAUAGGUUUGUGAUAAAGCUCACAUUUUAAAAGAAAAAUUCCGGCCCAAAAUAGCUCAAUGAUGGGCGAAAUGUCCAGAGCAAAUCGCAAAAUUUGUACCCCAAAAGUACGCGACAGUUAUCAAUUGCAGAUUAUUCAGUCAGUAUGUACAAAAUAAAAGCAUAAUGGCCCUAUGAGGUCAAACAAAAAGAGAAAAGUGAUUAACUGAUCACGUCACGCCAUCUCUAAACUGACUGAAUAGUUGUAACAUAGUAAUAUUUUAUUUGCACUGACGAUGGUUUUAUAUCGAAAAGCUUUUGCUUUAUUUUAACUUGUUUGUUUUUACUUUUUAACCCACCAAUUUUUAUGAAAAAUCUUACCAAAGAUUUAAUCUUUAGGGUGUUUCGUGUAGAUUGUUAAAAAUUUUGUCUGAAGAAUACAUUCGCCCGGUAAGGGUAAUCACAGAAA